AGAAAACUUCAACACUGUUUUGAGUAAAUUUCUAUGUAGUUGUCAUAUAUAUAUAUACAUAAUUCGAGGUCGAAUUUAGUAUCUGUAGAUUGAUUUUUGGAGCGAGACUUGUUUAUUCUGAGAAAGAACUGGGGAAAAGUGAAAGGGAAGAACUGAAAUCAAAAUCCAACAACCAGCUGAGAAAAUCAUCAACAAUCCUCUUCUUACCUGUUACUGUAACCCAUUUAUUUAAUCUUCAUAUCUGAGAGAAAUCAGCGAGUCUUGUCGUCAGAUGGGUGUUUCCUUUUCCUGCCCAUUUGCUAAAUGCAGUGAUGUGGAGAAUGGCUUAGAAUCCAUCACUGUGAAGUCCAUUAGCUUUGGUGAUGAUGGAGUCAGAACACCUCUUAGAUCCAUCAGUUUCAAAGGUUCUGAUUCAGAACUGACGAUAUUGAAGUCGUUAGGCUCUGGAAAUAUGAUAUUGGAGGGGUCUGUUAGCUUUAAAGGGAGAGAUUUUGAGAGAAUUCUUUCGUUCAAAUCUCCUUCCUCGGGUGAAACCGAGGAUUUGAAGAGCAAAGCAAUCAAAAUUCCAUCCCCCAAACCAGAUAGUUUAAUAGAGACUCCGAAACCAUCACCGGUUUUAGAUCCCGACCAUCCGCAACAUGAAGCGGCAAUAAGAUUACAAAAGGUUUACAAGAGCUUUCGAACAAGGAGAAAGCUAGCGGAUUGUGCAGUUCUCGUUGAACAGAGCUGGUGGAAGCUCUUAGAUUUUGCUGAACUCAGGAGGAGUUCUAUAUCUUUCUUCGAACUAGACAAGCACGAGACUGCAAUUUCACGUUGGUCGAGAGCUAGAACAAGAGCUGCCAAGGUCGGAAAAGGUUUAUCAAAGAAUGAUAAAGCUCAAAAGCUUGCCUUGCAACACUGGCUUGAGGCGAUUGACCCAAGGCAUCGCUACGGACACAAUUUACACUUCUAUUAUAACCAAUGGCUCAAUUCUCAGAGUCAAGAGCCCUUCUUUUACUGGCUGGAUAUCGGAGAAGGGAAAGAGGUAAAUUUAGAGAAGUGUCCUAGAUCAAAGCUUCAACUACAAUGCAUCAAAUAUCUCGGUCCGAUGGAAAGGAAGCCCUAUGAAGUUAUUGUGGUAGAUGGGAAAUUCAUAUACAAGCAAACAGGGAAACUUCUCCAUACUACUGAAGAGAACGGCAAUGCCAAGUGGAUUUUCGUUCUUAGCACAUCAAAGAUCUUGUAUGUCGGUGUGAAAAAGAAGGGUACAUUUCAGCAUUCUAGCUUCUUGGCUGGUGGUGCCACUAUCGCUGCUGGAAGAUUAGUUGUUGAUAGCGGUGUCCUUAAGGCAGUUUGGCCUCACAGUGGUCAUUAUCGUCCGACACAACAAAAUUUUAAUGAUUUCAUUUCAUUUGUAAGGGAGAACAAUGUGGAUCUUACAGAUGUUAAGAUGACUCCAGUGGAUGAGGAAGAAACCUUGCUUGGCAAACAAAGUAGUAACCAUCUUAGAAGCAACUCAUGUGAAGAGGACUACAUCUUAGAGCCUGAAGAGAUCAGUGUGAAAGACUCGAUCAACGAGGUCGGUGCUUCAAGGGAACAAGAGACUAUUGCAGCCCUUGAAACCCCCAAGUCAAGGAGAAUCCUCAGCCUUAGAAAAAAGUUGACAAAUCUUGAAAUACCAAAAAGAACGGAAUUGUUUGAGAUGUCAAACGACGACCAUAGAGCUGUAGCGCCAAGUUGCAAUGAUGAUUCAAUGGAUUCUGACCUGGAGGAUGGUUAUGAAACAGAAGAGGAAGCUACUGCUUCUGAACGAAAGACCGAUGGACUUCAUGUGGACAAUGAUGUGGAAGACAUUCCCAAUGAAUCAAUUCUUAAAAGGAUUAACUCGAAAAAAGGAAUGAACUCAUAUCAAUUAGGGAAGCAGAUAUCAUGCAAGUGGACUUCGGGAGCAGGACCCCGGAUUGGUUACAUGAGGGACUACCCCUCUGAACUCCAAUUCCGGGCUUUGGAGCAAGUGAACUUGUCCCCAAGAAGUGCUAGCUACCAAAAAUUAUACUUUUCUCCAAGGUCAACUAGUAGCUUGAGUCCAAAAGUUUCCAUACCAGCAGGUGCUAGUGAAGAGAUGAGACCCCAAAGUUUCCCUGUGCUGAAGAAGGAAAAUCUAUUGCAGAGAAGCAUCCAUUCCAAACAACACUCCCCAUUAUUAAAAGGAGCAGUUGCAGUUGCAGCAAACGUACAACUGCCUAACUCGAGUACAUUCCCUGUUAGUUCGAUCGAUUUAGUGUGAAUAGAAGUAGAAAAGAUGAUAUAGUAAUUCUUUUUUAUCAUUCUUUUCAAUACUAUGUCCUUGUGCACACAAUUUUUUUCCCAAUUUGUUCACCUUGUAUAAAUAGAUGACAUGACAAAUUGUAGGAAUUUUGGGUUUAGUGCCUUAAUACAAAA